UGGCUCUAAAUAUUAUUUGAGGCUUAGAACUUACUCUACGAAUCAUUAUUCACUUGCUUCCAUUACAUUAAGAUAAAUAUACUCCCAAGGCACUCUUAUGGCUUUGCCUUAAAGACUAUACUACUUCACUUCAGCAAAUGGUUAUAAUCCUUUGCCUGUCGAUACUGCGAUGACCGACUUCGCAGAAUCAGCACUGGCAGCUUCGUUGUCAAGUCCUCCAUCUGAGCCUGCAGAUCAUAUAGCUCCAGGACAAGAUGGAGACAACAAAUUUCAAAAGGCAAUAUCGGCGUGGAGGAGUGAGUCCCUGAUGUUCCACAGGACUUCAAUACUCGUGCUAAUCAUCAACAGCUAUCGAUCUUACCUCCAUGAUUCCAUCCCUUGACAAUACCGCAUCCGAAAUCGUUCAAUAUCAAAGGGAUUCAACUGUGCAGCGCAAGGAGUUGGCACAGAAGACGAAGGACUUUCGGAAGUUGGAAGACUCAAAUAAACUAUCUGAAAUCAAAGGAUUACUGAAAGGUUGGUCUUUUCUGGGAUGCGCAAUGCAUUGCCCUACUGACACAAAUAUCUGCUAUAGCAUAUCAAACCUUUAUAGAUCUCCUCACGAACCAUUCGAAGUCUACGAAUUCGGCCUUCCUACAAGUGUAUUCAUCUCUAUCCGAGGCCCCAGAUCCAUACCCUUUGCUGGAAGCAUCUGUCGAUUCAUUACUGCUAUCCGAGGAUACGCUCCCUAAGAUUACACAAGAGAAUGAACAUCUUCAAAAGAGUGUCAGUAAACUCACAACUCAAUUGGAGGAUACGGAAUCCAGAUUAGAAGCGGAAAGAACAGCGCGCAAGAAUUUGGAGGAAGGCCUAGAAACCAAGGUCAAAGAUGUCGAAACUUCUUGGGCCGCUGUGCUAGAGGAGAAGAAGGACAAUUGGGAAGCAAAGGAGAAAUCGUUAGAAGAAAAGGUGGAAAACCAAGACCGCUUGUUGAGCGAAAUCAAGGCAAGUUAUGAGGUCAGCCAGCGUUUGGGACAAUCCGAGAAUGCAGAUGCAGAUGGAGGUCGCGGGCAUGUUACGAGUGCAGAAUUGGAGAUGGUCACAUCAGAUUUGGAGCGUACGAGCGUCCGUUUAGCUGAAGUCGAAGCUCGAAAUGAGCAAUUACGAAUAGAAUUAGCUCAAUCAGCUUCACAAGUUCCGAGCCAGCCAGCAUUGGCUUUGGAAGACGAACCCGCCUACAUGCGCUUAAGAUCGGAAAACUCAUCGUUGUUAAGGAAAUUAGAUGCUGCAAGAGUGGAAAGAGAUGCAAAGAAGCGCGAUCUUGACACCAAGCUCCGAAGCUUAGAAAGGGAGAUCGGAAUGCUCAAAGAAGAACGCGACUCACUUAAGAUUAAAGUCCAAAAGUGGAGCGAUUAUGAAGACGUGAAGCAAGAACUGGAAGUUCUGAAGAGUAUCGAGUUUUCUAUGGGAGAUGAUGAUGAAACACAAGAUAAUGGGGCUAGUUCAACUACCCCGGAACCGACUGGAAAUGGUUCUGGAAAGGUGAAAGGAGAGACAUUAGAGCAGCUUCUUCUUGCUAGGAACAAGAAACUGAGCGACGAGCUCACCGUACUGAGAGUUUCACAUCAAGAUCUACAGAGUCGCUUGCAAAAUAUGCAGGAAACUCUUUCUACGACCAAUGCCGAGUUGGAAAAGUCGCAAACUUUGGUCACUACAUUAGAGAACGACCUUACAAACAUGCAAAACGGAGUGAGCGCCUAUCCUUCUGCUCCUUCUGUGGCCGGAACGUAUACAAGCCGUUAUCCUCAGUCAGCAAUCGGCCAGUUUGCGUCGAGGAACCGCAAAAUAUCUCCUACAUCAUCAAUUAUAUCUGGAUUUGAUCCCAGAACGCCAAUGGGCAGCACACCUGUGGAUGUUCUUAGAUCUGGCGAGCCUGUAGGGGGAGGGUCGGGUAUUCUUCCCAUGAUUACCGCGCAGCGUGAUCGAUUCAAGAAGCGCAACUCGGAAUUAGAGAAUGAGCUUUCCGAAAGCCAUCGCACGGUGUCGUCACUUAGGCAGGAGAUCUCUGCUUUACAAAAAGACAAUCUGAAUCUGUAUGAAAAGACAAGAUACGUGUCAACAUAUAAUCGAGCAGGGCCAACAGCCUCGUCGGCGUCCUCUUAUGCUACCAACCCCAAUCCUUCCACGGUACAAAUAUCCUCAUCGACAUCCUCUGGUCUCGCCUUGAAUCGAUACCGUUCAGCAUAUGAAUCCAACAUUUCGCCCUUUGCGGCAUUCCGUGGGCGAGAAUCAGCUCGAGCGUAUAAACGUAUGAGUUUACCGGAAAGAAUAGUAUUCUCAAUCACAAGAAUGGUAUUAGCAACUAGAACUAGCCGAAACUUAUUCGCAGGUUAUUGCGUGGCCCUUCAUUUGAUGGUGUUCUUUUCAUUAUAUUGGUUAGGUAGUGUUGAUGUCGAUCAGCAUGGAAGUCAUCUAGGUCAAGCGGCUCUUACAGCCGCUGGGGGUGCUAAAGGAAUGGUGGAUGCUGGGAACGAUGCUGCGCAUGGUGAUUGGCAUCAGGAGGGGUUUAAUGGGAAGGUGUCUUGAUGAAUUCGAUUACUAGAUGAACAAAAGAAUAUGUUGUACUAUCAUAUGAUAAUAGAGGCCCAUUUGCCAAUUUCUUC